AUGGGAUUGGAGAACGGAACACCAACUUCGAAGACAUCUGCUCCCCCAAGUUCCAUCGGCGAAAGGACGGGGAUGGCACUGUCCCAGCGUGCAGACGGGCGUGGUUCCGAAUCUCGGCGUGGUCAUCGCAUCCGGGUUCGAAGGUUCCGUUCCGGGACAGCAGAGCGCCCAUUCAGAAACUGGCGAGUCCAUCGACGCGACGAACACCAGCCGACGACCCUCGCGUCUCCAUCGAAACUCACGGCGGCCCUCCGCGGUCCACAAGUGCCGCCAUACCUCGUGAUCAUAUUUCUUGCGCCAGUACCCUUGUUUCUUACGGCACGGCAUGAAAGCUGCCGUUCAGCUCGAAAAUUCCAGAACAGCAGACAAGUGAAAACGCCUGUGUAUUCAUCACAUUUCGACUCUGGAGAUGAGAGUGAGGACGACGAUGAAUGGGAUUACGCGAUGCAACUACAUGGCGAGGGAAAAUGGGGAACGAUCGACAGAUGCCUCCCACCGAGAGCAGAACGAGUUGUUGUUGUUAGCGAGAAAGAUCGGAUUGCGUUGGUCAUUCUGGCGAUUCUGGCAGCUGAUGCACAAUCUCCGGUCGACGAAGACUACCCCUUCUGCCAUUCCUGUUUGGAUAUGCAUAGCAAAGAGCUCCGGCCAAAAGCGAUCCACGAUAACGAGCUUGUUGACGAGCUUGCGAACGACUAUAUGCACCUUGCUUGUGUCAAGUUUAUCAAUUUCCGUCUGUCUGUCCUUACGACGGUCUCAGCUAUAAAAGCAUGGGAAAAGGUCAGCGCAGGAAUGAUGGAAGUGUACGCAGCGGAGGUACUAGGCAAACUUCCUGUCAUCCAACACUUCCUCUUCGGGUCUAUCCUACACGAGGGUCCUUCUGCGCCAUCUGGGACAGGCGAGGAUAGCGCACAUCAUGGACAUAUUCAUGAAGGACGGGGUGCUUGUGCGGGAUACCUAUCCAGAGUGCUUUUGCUACGACGCAGGCAACAUGAUCGGGGACCUGGGAUACAACUGGUUUCGUUGGGUACUAUUGCUGACUCUAGUGUAGCAACGCACAAGGUGGAAUGUUAA